AUGCCUCACGCCGAAUCCGCCACCACGAAGCCAGCGCCGCAAGGCGACUCUGACAAAACCAUCCCGUCCCUCGCCGGCCAGGUGAUCCUGAUCACGGGCGGCACGGGCGGGCUGGGCGCGGCGUCGGCAGUACAGCUGGCGCGGGGCGGGCCGGCGCGCAUCUACGUGUCGGGGCGGCGGGAAUCAGCAGCAGCAACAGUGAUAGACACGAUGCGCGCAGCGCUGCCUACAUCAUCAACAUCAACAACUGACGUGCGGUUCCUGCGCUGCGACCUGGCGGACUUAGCAUCAGUAUGCGCGGCCGCCGACGAGGUGCUCGCGCGCGAUGCGCGUCUCGACGUGCUGCUGGCGAAUGCCGGCGUGGCCGCGGUGCCGCCUGCACGUACGAGUGAUGGGUACGAGGUGCAUUUCGGCACGAACCACGUCGGCCACGCGCUGCUUGUGCGCAAGCUGCUGCCCCUGCUGCAGGCAGCGAGCGGCCGCGUCGUGUUUGUCACGAGUUUUGGGUAUCGUGGCGCGUGGGGCAUUCCGUUUGCUAGUAUCAAGCCGCAGGAAGGCGCGGCGGCGACGGAGGGAAAGCAGCAGCAGCAGCAGAAGUCGCAAGAAUGGACGGUGCCGGUGGUGUCGCGGUGGACGCGGUAUGCUGAGAGCAAGCUGGCCAACAUUCUCUACGCACGCGAGCUGGCAGAGCGAUACCCCGAGGUGGCUAGCGUCAGCGUGACGCCCGGGUUUGUGGCGACGGGCAUGACGGAGGGCAUGGGGCUGUGGGACCGCGCCAUGGUCCGCGCCGGGUCGCAUCUGUUCUCGGGGCGCAGGGGCAUAGUGUCGGCCGAGGACGGCGCGCGGAACCAGGUGUGGGCUGCGACGGUGGACCGCGGCGCGCUGGCGACGGGCGGCUUGUAUGAUCCGGUUGGAGUGCUCGCCGCCGAGAAGAGCCUGAUGGGCCCUGCGAGGGACCGCGAGCUCGGCCGCAGGCUGUGGGAUUGGACCGAGGGCGAGCUGAAAGGCUGGCUGUAA